UUAAACCGCGGGAAGAGACGAGGGACCAAAGCUAGACUUUUUCCCCCGAGCGGCGAGGCGAGGCGAGCGAGCCCUAGCCGGGAUUAGAUUGGAGGCAAGCACCGUAGGAGCCGGAGGACGACGACCAUGCUGAGGGUUGCUGGGAGGAGGCUCUCGUCUUCCCUCUCGUGGCGCCCCGCCGCCGCCGCCGCGAGGGGCCCUCUCGCCGGCUCUGGCGCCCCCGGCAGGGACGACGACUCGGCCCGCGGACGCAGCCAACCGCGGUUCUCCGUCGAUACCCCCUUCUUCGCUGCCGCCAGGGGUUUCUCUUCAACUGAAACUCUUGUCCCAAGGAACCAGGAUGUUGUUGGCUUGGCUGACCUCCCAGCAACUGUAGCUGCUGUUAAGAACCCUAACCCAAAGGUGGUUUAUGAUGAGUACAACCAUGAAAGAUAUCCUCCUGGUGAUCCCAGCAAGCGCGCCUUUGCUUACUUUGUUCUGAGUGGUGGGAGAUUCAUAUAUGCAUCACUGCUGCGUCUCCUCAUAUUGAAGUUUGUCCUGAGUAUGUCAGCAAGUAAGGAUGUGCUUGCCCUUGCUUCAAUUGAGGUGGACCUCUCCAGUAUCGAGCCAGGCACCACAGUGACUGUGAAGUGGCGUGGAAAGCCAGUCUUCAUCAGGCGCCGCACAGAGGAUGACAUCAAGCUAGCCAACAAUGUGGAUGUUGCAUCCCUGCGCCACCCAGAGCAGGACGCAGAGCGUGUGAAGAACCCCGAGUGGCUCGUGGUUAUUGGCGUCUGCACCCACCUUGGUUGCAUCCCGCUCCCGAACGCCGGAGACUUUGGUGGCUGGUUCUGCCCAUGCCACGGUUCCCACUAUGACAUUUCUGGGAGGAUCCGCAAGGGCCCUGCGCCGUUCAACCUCGAGGUCCCAACCUACAGUUUCAUGGAGGAGAACAAGCUGCUCAUAGGCUAAGGGCCUGGGACGAUCCAUCUAUUUGUCCUAUCUACCUUCACAGAGGCGAAUCCCUGCUGUGCUGUUAUAUUGUUUUUCCUUUUUGGUUUGGCUAAUUUUUUUGUUUCACAAGGGUCGUUGCCAUGCCGUGAUGGUUGACUGUUAUCUGCCGAACUGCAUUUUUCAAGCACAAAAUAAUUUGCUACUUUGCUGCUACCGAAAUGUAAGUUGGAAGUCGUUUUGAACUUCAUCUUUCUCGGAAUACAGUAGGAAAGAUCUUGAUCA